AUGGCUUCCUGUGGAAAUACUUGUGAAAUUCCUGUUGAAGAUCUAGAAAAAUUUAAAUCCGAUUGUAACGCUUCAGAAAAUGGAGGUGGAGGAGGAACAAUCUCAAAUUCAAAUACAAAUCUAAAUCCCGAUUCAAGUUCUAAUUCCAAUACAAACCUAAAUUCCAAUUCAAGUUCUAAUUCCAAUACAAACCUAAAUCCCAGAGGAUUGUUUGUAAUAAUUAUAUUUAUUGCUAUUUUAAUAAUGUUUGUAAAAAGAAGAAAGGAACAGCCUCAAACUCAACAAACACAACCUUCACUACAACCAUCAACAAAUAUUAUAUACGUCGCUGAUCCCCUUAAACCCACUCAUCCCACUCAUCCCACUAAUCUUAUCAAUUCCACUAAUCCUACUCAUUCCACUAAUCCUACUCAACCCACUGAUUUCCCCCAACACUAUAAUCCUUAUACAUGGCCAUUUGCAAAUUGCAUGUGCAGUCAAGAAUUUUACAAUAAUCUGGUUUCUUGUGGAAAUGCUUGUAAUAUUCCUGUGGAUGAGCCAAUAAAAUAUGAAUCCGAUUGUGAAAUUGGCAAUCAUCCAGUAAACAUCAAUGUUUCGACAGUUGAGUAUGAACUCCGAAAAUAUAUACCUUCGAUAUGCAAUUACAUUAAUGUCAUGAAGGUUCCAAGGAGCGAACUUAAUCUUCUGUACUGGAGAAAUUGGAUCAUUGCAUAUUCUCAAAUCUUGUGGUUUAUAAUCACGCUUCCAGUUUACGUUUUCCAUCCACUUAUGGCGAUGAUAGCAUAUGAAGUACCGAAUGUUCGCCACCCAAGUACAGUGAGCGAGACAGAGAAAUGGUUUUUCAUUAACGGUGUGAUGACAAAUCAGGAUUGGUUGGAACAGAACUGUAGAUAUUUGGAGGCACGUUCCAAUAAAGCUUUACAGGAAUUCUUACUACUAGUUUUGGAAUAUUAUGUGAUGGAUGAAAGAGUUAAAAUUGUUCAUUUGAUCGCACAUUCUCAAGGAUAUACCAUUGUGGUUUUGGUCAUCAGGAGAUUACGCUUGGAGUUGAGUUACACCGGAGAUCAAGGUUGCCUGAGCAAACUUAGCGUGCAUGCGUUCUCAGAUUUAUCUAGAGGAUUUAGGAACCUCGGUAACCCGACCAUCCAAGAUCCAGCUAUUAUGAGAGGUAUUAUUAAUGAAAUUUCUUACGCUCGUUUUGGAGCUACGACCGUCAAAAUUUCAAGGUUAUACCCGGUUAGCAAUUUAUCAUAUAAGUAA